UUUGGCUUCCUCUUUUGAAGCCAUUUCUGUUGCAAGUUAAACUUAUUAUAGAUAAAGAUAGAGAUAUACUGAUACAGUGUAGUGUAUAAGUAGUGCAGCUAUGGUUGGAAUUGGCGGGAAAGGCGGUGUAGCUCAGAUUCUGACGGCGGUCGCGGCCGCGUUGUUGCUCCGUUUGUUUUCCGCUCCGGGACCGGCGCUCUUGCCGGAAGAUGAGAGUGUGGAUGACGGAGAAGGAGACUCCGGCGAUGCUCCGGUACCUGGAAAGGUGUCUCCGGUGACUAUAUUGUGGAAAAAUAUUACUUGCUCUCUCUCGGAUAAAUCGACUAAAUCAGUGAGAUUCUUGCUUAAAAAUGUGAAUGGAGAAGCAAAACCUGGAAGAUUGCUUGCAAUUAUGGGACCAUCGGGAUCAGGGAAGACUACCUUGCUCAAUGUUUUGGCAGGUCAGACAGUGUCCUCGCCUCGGAUACAUUUGUCUGGCCUUUUAGAGGUUAAUGGAAGGCCUAUGGCAAACAAAGCCUACAAAUUUGCUUUUGUGAGACAAGAGGACCUUUUCUUCUCUCAGUUGACAGUUCGAGAAACAUUGUCUCUUGCAGCUGAACUCCAGCUUCAGGAGAUCUCUUCCAUAGAAGAUAGAGAUGAAUACGUGAACAAUCUCUUAUUCAAAACAGGUUUGGUCAGUUGUGCCGACUCCCGUGUUGGGGAUGCAAAAGUCCGUGGAAUCAGUGGUGGUGAGAAGAAACGCUUAUCAAUGGCAUGUGAGCUUAUUGCUAGCCCUUCCGUCAUAUUCGCAGAUGAGCCAACAACUGGACUUGAUGCCUUCCAAGCAGAAAAAGUGAUGGAAACACUCAGACAGCUUGCACAGGAAGGACACACUGUUAUUUGCUCUAUUCACCAGCCUAGAGGUUCAGUUUAUGCAAAGUUUGAUGACAUUGUGUUGCUUACGGAUGGCACGUUAGUUUAUGCUGGUCCUGCUCAUGAAGAACCUCUAGCAUACUUCUCAAAACUUGGGUACAGUUGCCCAGAUCAUGUUAACCCCGCAGAAUUUGUAGCAGAUCUUAUAUCUGUAGACUAUAGUUCUGCUGAGAGUGUCUAUGCUUCCCAAAAAAGAAUAGAUGGUCUAGUUGAGGCAUUCUCACAACAAACAUCAUUAAUGUUAUAUGCUACUCCGAUUACUGUAUUGGACACCUCUAAAAAGAGUGUGGGUGCAAGGUUAAAAACUGUUGUUAAAAGGAAAAGCAAUUGGUGGAAGCAGUUCUGGUUGCUCCUGAGACGUGCAUGGAUGCAGGCUUCUCGUGAUGGGCCCACCAAUAAAGUUCGGACAAGAAUGUCAAUUGCAUCGGCUAUGAUAUUUGGGUCGGUAUUUUGGAGAAUGGGAAAGUCACAGACAUCAAUACAAGACAGAAUGGGAUUACUUCAGGUUGCUGCAAUAAACACGGCAAUGGCUGCACUCACAAAAACUGUUGGCGUUUUUCCCAAGGAGCGUGCAAUUGUUGACAGGGAGCGUACAAAGGGGUCGUAUGCUUUAGGACCAUACUUGCUUUCAAAGCUGCUAGCAGAGAUCCCUAUUGGAGCCGCAUUUCCAUUAUUGUUUGGAAGCAUCCUGUAUCCCAUGUCUCGUCUCAAUCCUAGUCUUUCAAGAUUUGGGAAAUUCUGUGGAAUUGUGACCAUGGAGUCCUUUUCAGCAUCUGCAAUGGGUCUGACUGUGGGGGCUUUGGUCCCAACCACAGAAGCAGCAUUAGCCUUGGGGCCUUCUUUAAUGACGGUUUUUAUUGUAUUUGGAGGUUAUUAUGUCAAUGCAGAGAACACACCAAUUAUAUUUCGGUGGAUUCCCCGUGCUUCAUUGAUAAGAUGGGCAUUUGAAGGGCUUUGCAUAAACGAAUUUAGCGGCCUUGAAUUCGACUGUCAACAUUCGUUUGAUAUACAAUCUGGCGAGCAGCAACUGGAGAGGCUAUCAUUUGGAGGCAGUAAAAUAAGAGACACGUUAGUGGCCCAAAGUAAAAUACUGUUGUUUUGGUAUUGCACAACCUAUGUUUUUCUCGAGAAAAAUAAACCUAAAUAUCAGAAGCUUGAACCUCCAUCACUUGAUGAAGAAAAACCAUCAGCAGAGCUCGAGCCUCUUGAAAAUGGUCCUACGGAUGAAGACCAGGAAGCAGAGUCCUCUCCGUCGGAGCAAGGUGUUAUCUAAAGGAGAUACACGCAUAUACAAUAAAGGAAGGUCUCAUGUCAUGGUCAUUGAGCUAGUUAGAUGAGAAAGCAUGACGGCUGUUGUAUUGAUGAUUGUUUUGUUAGUAAACAUGGUUGCCUCAGCCUUCUUGUAGUGGAUGGCUUGCCAUGUCCUAGUACAAGGUCUUGAAAUUCAUUUAGUCAUUUAAAGUUUAUGAUUCCAGAA